GAGUGCUCGACAUCGAAAUCCUCUCGUCUCGCUAGCAGUGGUCCCGGCACAUCAGGCAUGGAUCCGAAAUAUAUUCCUGGUUUGAAGAGUGAAGGGAUUCCGAUCCAAGCGCAACCGUCAACCAGCACAAAUCCUGUCGCUUCAACAGCAGCAUACCGUGAUUUUUUCGUACCAGCAGCAAGCGCGAGCGCCUACCAGCACCCUAUGCAUACCUUUUUUUCCGGGUUCGUCUUUUAUUAUUCAUACUUUUAUUCAUAUUUUUUCGUUUAA